GCGCCACCUACUAAUGGCACAUGCGCAGCUGUCAGUCAGUUUGUAGCAAAAAAGUGUAGAGAGUUCUACGUUUGGAAGUGUGUGCUGUAACUUCAUGUAGGAAGACAGUGGCGCGGUCUUCCAGUGGACAAUGAGCCACGAUGACAAACCAUUUGCUUGUUCCGCUACCGACUGUGGGAUGCGUUUCUCAACGGAGGAUCACUUGAAUGUUCACCUGCGCAAGCAUGAGAUGUCCUUGGCCUUAAACCUGGGAGGGUCAACAAUAUCGUCUCCUUCAAAUCCUUUUUUAGACCAGACGCCGACACCUACAAAGUUUUUAAAGAACUGUGAAGAAAUAGGAUUAUUCCAAGAACUCAGUAAAAACCCGUUUGAAGAAGCCUUCAAGAAAGCAUCCGAUGUUCCAGAAGGCCCCUUGGUGUCUGUUCCACUACCGGGGCCACAUUCCAAUGAACUCAACACACCUGUUCCUCUGGACAACUUGAAAAACGAGCUCGUGAAAUGUCUUUCGGCGAAACUAAUAAAACAGGAGCCUCUGUCUGGCGGUGUUGUCACCACCUCUGCCAUCGACAAAGCCCUUGACCUCUCGGGUCACCGGACGUCACCGGUGAAGACUGUCGCAGUGCAGCCGUCGUCGACAACCAAUGAUGACGAGAAUGAAUGUGUGUCGAUGUCGCAGGCGGCCGACAGCACCGUGUCACCGGCGAGAAACGUCGUGUCGAGUACCGGUCCUGAAAUCAUAGCACAGCCGGUCUCAGUUGCUACACAGCUGGUCACCUCGCCUGCGAUAAUAGUCCCACAAGUUGGUCAUCAUCAGCCUGUAACGAGCCCCGCCACCACUGCAGUGACGGUGGCAGUGGCAGCAGCAACACCUACCACACAGUCGUACGCGAUGCAGGUCUUUCUACAGCUUCCCACUGGUCAGACGGUUCCGGUACAUAUUCCAGCAACGCUGAACCCGGUGGCUAUUUCAGGGAUGCAGCAGAUGGUUACAAUGACAUCGGCGUCGCCAGUGACAACGUCACCCGUGACAACCAUGAAUUUAAAACAGCGGUUGAAGCAGUCAUUGGCCGCCUCACAGCAGCAGAAUUCCCAGAGAACCGUGGGUGUGGUGAGCUCCGUGGUGCAGGCCAGUCCCAUAGCCGACGCUCAGAACCACAUCCUCGUCAACUCGCAAGCGUCGACGCCGACGAUUCUCUCAGAGGUGAUGUCACCCAACUCCGAUUCUCCGACUUCCGUAGAUCUCGACUUCGCUGAGUCAUUAUAUCGAAAACGAUCAAAGUCUGGAAAUGAGGAUGAAGCGGAUGACAGAAGACGUAAAUUCCUGGAGAGGAAUAGAGCUGCUGCAGCCAGGUGUCGGAUGAAGCGCAAGUCGUGGAUCUCAAACCUCGAGAGAAAGGCUGACGAUCUUCAGAACACAAACACUCGCUUACAGACUGAGGUAAAUGUUCUACGUUCGGAAGUCGCUCAGCUGAAAACUUUACUGCUGGCUCACAAAGACUGUCCAAUCACAUUGCAGCAGAAAUCACAAAGUCAAGGUCAGAUCACAGUUAUGUUAGAUUCAGGGGUGACGCCUUCAGUUCUAACACUGCCCAUAUCAGAACCAUCACAGGUUGUCACGGCAACACACAUGGUGGCAGCCACCAGUUCUAAUAUGACUGUUAUUCCCUUAGAUUCUGAUAACUUAUUGCUAACGCAGGGACGAAGUAAAAAGUGAGAAUGAAAGUCUUUGUGUUUUCGUGUCUAGUGUUUUGUGUCAUCUGCUUGUUUCUAUGUGAAAUUUGUUAUUAAGACAAAGGAAUACUUAAGAAAAAAAGAAAGAAAAAAGAAAAAAAUGAUUACGGUCCACGCACAGACUUACAAGCUGUUCUCAUUGCUUUGCAAAUAAAGCUGAUUUUGAUGAGAAGAGAGAAAGAUUAUGAUUGAUCACAGAAAAGUGGUGAUUUGUGCGUGAAACUGAUCUUUACAAGAGGAGGAGAUUUAAGUAAAAUAUAUGGAUUACGUUUGACAUAGAAAAUUGGCAGUCCAAAGAGUGGCAGCCAUUUCUUUCUCAUGCCUAUCUUUAAGGGGAGACAAUCUUUAAAACAAGAAAAGAUAAUCUUUGAAAGACAGGAAACAUUGAAAUAUCAGGAUCAUGGAUUACAAGGAAAUUCUAGUUCUUGUCCGGAAAGUGACCAUCCAAUUCUUUCUCUUGCUUAUUUCUAAGGGGAGACGAUCUUCAAAACAAGAGAAGAUAAUCUUUGAAAAAACAGGGAACAUUGAAAUAUCAGGAUCGUGGUUUGCAAGGAAAUUCUAGUUCUUGUCCGGAAAGUGACCAGCCAAUACUUUCUCUUGCUUAUUUCUAAGGGGAGACAAUCUUCAAAACAAGAGAAGAUAAUCUUUGAAAAAACAGGGAAAAUUGAAAUAUCAGGAUCAUGGAUUACAAGGAAAUUAUAGUUCUUGUCGGAAAAGUGACCAGCCAAUUCUUUUUCUUGCUUAUUUCUAAGGGGAGACAAUCUUAGAAAGAAGAGCAGAUAAUCUUGAAUGAAAAGAAGAUAAUCUCAGAAGAUUAAAGUAAAAGAACUGCGAUUUAUACAGAAUAUUUUAUUUCUGAUCUGAAGAAUGGCAGAAAGUUUUUUCUCCCUAGCUUAUUUGUGAGAUAAUAAUCGAAAGAAGAAAAGAUAAUGUUUAAACGAAAAGAAGAUUACAGUGAUAGGAUCAUGGAUUAUAGAGUAAUUUUAAUUGCUGGUUCAAUAAGAUUAAAAUAAACAGAUCGUGAUAUAUGCAGAACAUUAAAUUUUCAUUAAGAGAAGUAGGGAAUAGGUAUUGAAUAACCAGAGACAGUAUAAUCAGCGACAAUAAAAACAAGGUAGAAAACGUUAAAAAAAUCAGAGUGCAGGGUAAUUUAUGUGGUGUACCGAGUAAGGUUAUAAUAAUCCGUAGCCAGCCAUUAAAAAUUGGGUCACCUUGUAACAACAUUCUUUUAAAACUAAUAUUAAAGGCAUACUGUCACAGAUUUAAAGACCUUAUUUCACUAAAAAUGGAUAAUAAAUAAAAAUUACAUUAAUUGUUGAAGACCAAAUCUAGCUAUCGCACACCUUAACUGAACCAUAAUGGAGUGAAAUCCGUCAUUCCUCUCGGCAAUUUUAGUUUUUGAAUUAUGGACCAAUGCCAUUAUUCAAUUAUUUUUACAAAAUGUUAUUAAUAAAUGGAGCAUGGCAGUUAUGAAGAUGGUUGAAUAAAGUACAUUUAGGGACAAAUCAAAUUAUAUUUGUUCAGGUAAUACUUUGUUAGACCACUAAAUAGGUCAGUGGUCUGUGACAAUAUGCCUUUAAAAAGUAAAUAUACACUAAUGAUAAAAAUGUGUUCGCAAAUCAGAUUUGUAACAGCUUUUGACAUUGACACUACUGAUUACUUCUCAACUUUCGAGGGCCGUAUAGCCACCUAAAAAUAUGUAUUUAAAGUAACACCCACCAUGCAAAAAACCCAAACAACCCUAGAUUUAUAUGUGUGUAGAGUUGUAUAUACAUUUUUAUUUCCCCAUACACCCACCUCCCCCCAACCCCC